GUGGGCACAGGGUGGCGGAAGCUCCAGCGAUGGGGAUCACACCUCCCUCCUCUGUUUCCUCAGGUGCAGGUGGAGGCCAGGAAAACCUGCAGCGCAAAGCGGCUGCCCGCUGUUGUCCGCCGCCCUCCAGCAUCCAGCGGCGGCAUGCCGGCUGUGUCCCACACCCUGCCCAAGGCAGGGGCUGGCUGUCUCUUCAACAGCCUGCAGCGGCGGGAGCAGGCCAGGGCAGAGCAGGCGCAGCUGCUGACUCUCCGGGGCAUCAUGGGUGACAGCUCCCUGCAGCCCACGCCUGAGAAAUGCUGUGGCCCCAGCAACACCUGGCCUCACAAGUGUGGUUGGAGGAAGGGGGGGUCAGGGGCAGCUGCUGCUGGACCUCAGCUUGGGGAGCUGCUCCUCUAUGUCAGGAACCCGCUGGUGCAGGACAUCGAUGCCGAGUGCGGGGCAGCCCCUCAGAAUCCCUGCCUCCCUAACCCAAAAAUCACAUGCCCCCGUGUUUCCCUGGGCUCUGUGCUCAGCCUGGAGCUGCCACGGGAUGCAGUGGUCUUGGGGUGCCACCAAGGGGCUGCGGCACGCCAGCAGGAGGCAGAGGGGCAGGAGCAGAGGCAGGAUGAAGGGGUGAGGCCUUGGAAGCCCACAGGCACACAUGGAGUUAGAUGGCAGGAAGAUGGGAACGAUCCCUGGGGGCCCAGCAAGAGGCCGGGGAUGUCACCCAAGAGCAAGCAAGAAACAUGGUUCAAGGAGGUGAGCUUCAACCCAAGCUACAGCCAACAAAGAGCACACUGUGCUGGGAAGGAGCACUGGAACCUGCAACACCCCAGCAGCACCAGUAAAGACCUUCUGGACUUGAGGUCGAGCCAGCCAUCCCAUGUUGGCAUGGGGGAUGGCCAGGAUGACAGCCCCACUGCCACUGGCAGGGCCAGGCAUCUCAGAGCUGCUUGGCUAGAGCUUGGAUCAUCCCCUGCCAGCACCCCAGGCAGGGCUGGAGCCAUCCCCAGCCCUGCCUGCACACAGCAGCCAGACAGCAGCAACCAGCCCAGAGGGUCCCCAGCUUCCCCUGCCGCCCCCAGCCAGCUCUCUGUCUUUGAGUGGGCACUGGGGUCUCCACAUCCCCAGAGCCCUGCACGGGUAACUGAGGAAGUUUGCCACCCUGCCCACAGGCAGUUUGAGGAAGAGGAGGAGGAGCUGCAAGCCAUCUGGGAUGGAGCACACGAACAACAGGCACAGAGCUCACCAGGAGACAGCUGUGCCAGCCACCGGACAGGCAGCAGGGCAGGCAGCUUGCACAGCCCCAGUGCCACUACUGGCGGGCCCCUCAUCCUGUCAUCAGCCAACAAUGUGCUAGUAGCCAAAUUCACCCUUCCCACCGCUGCCCAGCUGCUCCACAGCCCGUCAGGAGAGAAGAGCCCCAGGGUGGUGCACAGUGGCAGUGGCAGUCCCAAUGGGCUCAGGGUUUCCCCCUACUUGGAGGAGCUGGUGUCGGUAGCCCCCUUGGAUGCCUCCAGCACCUGGGAUCAGCGGAGGCAUCAGCAAGAGGAGAGAGAGAGCAGCAAGGUCCUGCCUGCUAAAAUGGAAUUUCAGAUGAUGGAGGGGACGCUGGAAAGGAAGCACGUAUUGCAGGCAGGAGGGAGAAAGGCCAGCUGCCGGGCCUGGGGCCUCUUUCACGCUGUGCUGAUGAGGCAGACACUGUGCUUCUACCAGGACCGCAGGGACAGCCUCAAGAGCUCCGUGGUGGCACUUCCCCUGAAUCUCUCCGGGGCAGUCUGCACCCCAGAUGCUGAAUACACCAAGAAGACCAACUGCUUCAGGCUUCAGCUGCAGGAUGGCUCUGAAUACCUCCUGAGGGCCCCCACCCAGCCCCUCAUGAACGAAUGGGUCUCAAAGCUGCAGCAAAACUCAGGUUUCCCCGAAGUGGAUUACUUCCAGGCAGCACCACAGCGUGUCAAGAGCACUGGUGGUACUGGCAGUUUCAGCAAGGUCUCCAGCCCUGGGACCUCCCACCUCCAGGGACAUCAUCAGGUCACAACCACCAAGAGCCAGGAGAUUGUGGGGUUACCCUGCGCAAGCCCACUAUUGCAGCGGCCUCUGGGCAGCCAGGAUGGCCCAGUCGAUGGGACUGUGACAGCAGCAGAGAAUGCUCAGGGGACUGGGCACAAGGAGCAGCAGUGGUCAUCCAGGGCGUCCCCCGGGCUGUGGGAUAACAUCUGCCCAGAGGAUGACUAUGGGCUGGUGGCCAACAAGAGGAGGUCCUACUCCUUCACCUCAGCCACCUACCAGAAGAUCACCCCGCUGGCAGUGCCCAAGGAGCCGGUGGAGGCCGGGAGCAGUUACUCCGUCACACUGUACAUAGGGGAGCAGGUGUCAGCCAUGCCCCGGGCACGCUGUCACUCCUUCGUGGCCCAAACAGGGAGCCCUCGGGACACACGAGGGGAGAAGACCACUAGCCCCCCUCGCACCAAGAACAAAUCUGUCUUCAAGAAGUUCUUUGGGAAAAAAGAGUGAGCCCCAGACAAAUGGAGAAAAUGCCCUAACCUGCCUCUUAUCCUCCUCUUGGGCCAUUCUGGCUUGAUCUCUACUCCCAGCACCAGUUCAUGGCUUACUGCCUCCCCAGGGGCAAGAGGCUGUGCCAAGUGGCUCUGCUUCAGCCAGCCCCAGGUCUGCCCUGUGCCCCAGGCACUGCAGCCCCCAGCCUCAGCCUGGUGCUGAGCACCCCUCCUGCCCAGUGCUCUCCCUGGGUGCUGCUGGCUCCCCAGGCAUCCUAAUGACACACAGCACAAGCAGAAGGUGUGGAUGAUGGUUUUUAUUAAAAGAUAAAUAGACAGUG